CAUCCUUUGAUGCACGAGUGGACUCUGUGGUUCACCAAGCCCCCUAGCGGCAAGGGCGAUAACUGGAACGAUCUGUUGAAGGAAGUUGUGACUUUCAACUCUGUUGAGGAAUUCUGGGGUAUCUACAACAACAUUUCGCCGACAUCCGAGUUGGGCCUCAAAGCCGACUACCAUCUCUUCAAGAAGGGAGUUCGUCCCGAGUGGGAAGACCCCCAGAACAAGCACGGAGGCAAGUGGUCAUACUCCUUCAAGGACAAGCGCUCCGUGCCCAUCGACGACCUGUGGCUCCACGCACAACUGGCCGCCAUCGGCGAGACUCUUGAGAACGAUGGUGACAACGAAGUUAUGGGUGUUGUUGUGAACGUACGCAAGGGCUUCUACCGUGUUGGUCUGUGGACCCGGACUGUUGGCAAGAGUAUCCCCGGAGACAAGAACGGUCGUACACCCGCACAGGGCAAGGAGAUUCUUGAGAACAUUGGUCGGCGGUUCAAGGAAGUCCUUCGUCUCAAGGAGGCUGAUGCCGUUGAGUUCUCGGGUCACACGGACAGCGCACACAGCGGCAGCACGAGAGCCAAGGCCAAGUACACUGUCUAAGGUAUAUAGCCUGUGUGUGCAACUCCAUUUACGAGGUAUUCAUUGCGGAUCUGUUUCUUUGCUACGGAAUAAUGGGAAGUCUUUGUGACGAUGGUUGAUAACGAAUCCGAAUGGACCGGCAUGAGGAAAUGCGCGUCCGACUUGCUAGCAUUUGCAGUUACAGUGGUGGUUCGGUCAUAGGCACUGAUGGCAUGCAUCUUUCCCUCAGUACGUAUUUCUGAUGAGGUUUAUACCAUAUUUUAUCGAGUUAUAGCUUUACGCCUCUAGUGGCUCACAAAAUUACGAAAAACACUUUUAAAC